GGCAACUGAGCUCGGACUGUCAGCGGAGGAGAGCGGUGCUUGGCUGAACUCGGGAAGUACGAAGUUCGGUGGACUCGGGGCAAGGAGAGGACAUGGACCUCCUGCUCCACCCAGCGCCUCCUAACCCGUCCGGGUAAUCUAGUUCCAGGAACCAUCUCUUCAUCCUGAAAGCGGCACAUCUCUCCUUGCCUGCAGACCAGGCUUCCAGGCAGAGAUGACAGCCACAGCUGCCCAAAAGUGCCUGAAGAAUGAUAAGGUGGAUGAAGCACAAGCUCUGGCCAGGAGCUGUGCCGGAAGACCAGAUUUCAAGCCUUGUGACGGACUAUCCAUCUGUGCCACCCACAGUCACGGCAAGUGCUUCAGACUCCACUGGUGCUGUCACUUGGGCUGGUGCCACUGCAAAUAUGUAUACCAGCCUAUGACUCCAGUGGAGCUGCUUCCAAGCACACAAAUCCCAGUGGAGCCACAAGAACAGACCGACACAAUCCAGAUCUCUGUCUCGCUGGCCGAGCAGUUCCUCAAGGCAGCUUCUUCCUUUCAACCUCCAUUCAUUCCUGAAUCUCCACGCUACUGUACAAUUUCUGACCUCUUUCUGGAUAAUUAUCAGGUAAAGUGCAUCAAUGGAAAAAUGUGCUAUGUGCAGCGCCAACUGCCACCUCCACAUCCUGCACAGCCAUGUGUCAGGUCAAGGCCUGAAAGAGAGUUUCUGCAAGAAGUUUACACACCAAAAGACACCACAGAAGGACCAAAAAUAGAUCAUUGCUCUUCUCCUUCCAACUCUGAGGAUUCUGGGAUCAAUGCAGUGGGCGUCCCCUACUUAGAGUCAUGUGACGAGGACACAGAAGAAGGGGCAGAACUCAGCUCAGAAGAGGACUGCAGCCCAGAUGGUUGUUGGGGUCAGGAGCAUUCUCCAUUGGUGUCUCCUUCCAAGACUGAUUUGGAGAUCAUAGAAACUAUAGAGACUACAGUCUAACUUAUAUGGAAGGAUGCCAGAGGUCAAUUGUUAAGCACAUAGGCAGUGGAUGGCUGUCAAGGGACAGAGCAAUACAGUCAUAUUGCACAUUUACCUACAAAUAUCCUUAAGUCUCCAAGAAUGUGUAAUCAGUUUAUGGGCCAGCUAUCCAUUGUACCCCCGGUAAUUGAAAGUUUAAUAAUGGCUAGAGCCAGUCAGCAGUCUUUAAGUCUCCUGCAAAAGAAUCAAGUUUUAUAUUCAUUAAGGCAUAUUCCAUUGUGUGUAUCCAGUUUCCAAACUGGUUUGCGUG